AAACCCACAAGAAAAACACGAAGAAGAAUUCACAGCAGCAGCAGCAGCAGCAACAACAAAAUGGCGAAGAUCGCCAAAACGCACGAAGAUAUUGAGGCCCAGAUCCUGGAGAUCCAGGGCAUGAAGGCCACCCUGCUGGAGGAUGGAGAUCAGGGAGUGGGCCUGGACUCAACAGGUUUUUAUGACCAAGAGAUUUAUGGAGGCAGUGACAGUCGUUUUGCUGGAUAUGUCACCUCCAUCGCUGCCAACGAACAGGAGGAGGAUGAUGAUGAGGACACAUCAACAAGUUUGCUGGGACAGAAGAAGCCGGGGUACCAUGCCCCCGUGGCCAUUCUCAAUGCUAUUCCCCAGUCAGACGAACAAUAUGAUCCGUUUGCUGAGCAUCGGCCUCAGAAGAUUGCCGAGCGUGAAGAUGAUUACAAAGCCCGUCGGAGAAUGAUGAUCAUCUCACCUGAGCGCCAUGACCCCUUCGCAGACGGGGGCAAAACGCCGGAUCCCAAGCUGCAGGUUAGAUCUUACGUGGACGUCAUGUUAGAGCAGAACCUGUCCAAAGAGGAGAGGGAGAUUCGUCAGCAGCUGGCAGAGAAGGCCAAAUCAGGGGACUUGAAGGCUAUGAAUGGGUCUGUGGCCACGCAGGCUGUUGCAAAGCGAAAGCGUCGCUGGGACCAGACAGCUGACCAAACCCCCUCAAAUGCUACACCCAAAAAGAUGUCCAGCUGGGACCAGGCUGAUGCCACUGCUGAGACUCCAGGACACACUCCUGCUCACACUCCUUCAAACAGCCGAUGGGAUGAAACUCCUGGCCGCCCAAAAGGCAGUGAGACCCCAGGGGCCACUCCCAGUACCCGCAUGUGGGAACCCACACCCAGCCACACACCUGCUGGUGCUGCCACCCCAGGCAGGGACACACCUGGUCACGCCACGCCUGGUCACGGUGGAGCCACAGGCAGUGUUCGCAAGAAUCGCUGGGAUGAAACGCCAAAGACUGAAAGAGAAACCCCCGGACAUGGUAGUGGUUGGGCUGAAACGCCACGUACGGACAGAGGAGACGAGUCCGUGGGAGAGACUCCCACUCCAGGGGCUAGUAAGAGGAAGUCCCGUUGGGAUGAAACGCCUUCCAGUCAGAUGGGAUCAUCCACGCCUCUGCUUACUCCAGGAAAGACCCCCAUAGGAACUCCAGCUAUGAACAUGGCCACGCCUACACCAGGUCACUUGAUGAGCAUGACGCCAGAGCAGCUGCAGGCGUGGAGAUGGGAGAGAGAAAUCGAUGAGAGGAACCGCCCUCUCACAGACGAGGAGCUGGAUGCCAUGUUCCCAGAAGGAUACAAGGUGUUGCCACCACCAGCAGGAUAUGUUCCCAUACGUACGCCAGCCCGUAAGCUGUCAGCCACACCCACCCCUAUUGGAGGUAUGACAGGAUUCCACAUGCAGGCAGAAGACCGAACCACAAAGCAGAUGAAUGACCAGCCAUCAGGAAACCUCCCCUUUCUCAAACCUGAUGACAUCCAGUACUUUGACAAAUUGCUGGUCGAGGUGGACGAAUCCACUCUGAGUCCAGAGGAGCAGAAAGAAAGGAAGAUCAUGAAGUUACUGCUGAAGAUUAAAAAUGGAACACCGCCCAUGAGGAAGGCGGCUCUGCGUCAGAUCACAGAUAAGGCUCGAGAAUUUGGAGCCGGCCCCCUCUUCAACCAGAUCCUGCCAUUGCUCAUGUCACCCACCUUGGAAGACCAAGAACGCCAUCUGUUGGUUAAAGUCAUUGACCGCAUUCUCUACAAACUGGAUGACCUGGUUCGUCCAUACGUGCAUAAGAUUCUGGUGGUGAUUGAGCCUCUGCUGAUUGAUGAGGACUAUUAUGCCAGAGUUGAAGGCAGAGAGAUCAUCUCGAACCUGGCCAAGGCUGCUGGUUUGGCAACUAUGAUCUCCACCAUGCGACCUGAUAUAGACAACAUGGAUGAGUACGUCAGAAACACCACAGCCAGAGCCUUCGCCGUGGUGGCAUCUGCUCUCGGUAUUCCUUCUCUGCUGCCAUUCCUGAAAGCAGUGUGUAAGAGUAAAAAGUCCUGGCAAGCCCGACACACAGGCAUCAAGAUUGUCCAGCAGAUUGCCAUCCUAAUGGGCUGUGCUAUCCUGCCCCACCUUCGCAGCCUGGUGGAGAUUAUUGAGCACGGUCUUGUGGACGAGCAGCAGAAGGUGAGGACGAUCAGUGCCCUGGCUAUAGCCGCUCUGGCUGAAGCUGCCACGCCCUACGGAAUCGAAUCAUUUGACUCUGUCUUGAAGCCUCUGUGGAAGGGCAUCAGGCAGCACAGAGGAAAGGGUCUGGCUGCCUUCCUGAAAGCUAUUGGCUACCUGAUUCCACUGAUGGAUGCGGAGUAUGCAAACUACUACACCAGAGAGGUGAUGCUGAUCCUCAUCAGAGAGUUCCAGUCCCCAGACGAGGAGAUGAAAAAGAUUGUCCUCAAAGUGGUGAAGCAGUGCUGUGGCACCGACGGUGUUGAAGCAAACUACAUUAAGACUGAAAUCCUGCCGCCCUUCUUCAAGCACUUCUGGCAGCACAGGAUGGCUCUGGACAGACGUAACUACAGACAGCUGGUGGACACCACAGUGGAGUUAGCCAACAAGGUGGGAGCAGCAGAGAUAAUUUCUCGCAUUGUGGAUGACCUGAAAGACGAGGCGGAGCAGCAGGAAGAUGGUGAUGGAGACCAUAGAAAAAAUCAUGGGCAAUUGGAGCUGCAGAUAUUGACCACAAGCUGGAGGAGCAGCUUAUCGACGGCAUUCUGUACGCCUUCCAGGAACAGACAACAGAGGACUCUGUGAUGCUGAACGGCUUUGGCACAGUGGUGAAUGCUCUUGGGAAACGCGUGAAGCCGUACCUGCCUCAGAUCUGCGGUACGGUGCUGUGGCGUCUGAACAACAAGUCAGCUAAAGUCCGUCAGCAAGCUGCAGAC